UCCUUUUGAGUAAUAGUCCGUACCUGGAAGUUCUGCCUAGCUGCACUCACGUCUAUCAGGCCCCUCGGCGGCACGUACCUCGUAAUUUGGUUUCGGUGGUUAUAGAUCGGACGGCUCGUUGUUAGUAAACAAGAAAUACUAGCUGGUAUAGAGGCUCGACGCGGCGACGAGGCUGACAUCGCCGAGCCUGGGGAUCAGUGGGAGGAGGAAGCGCCGGGUUACUGGGAGAAGCGCAGCUGGUCCGCAGUCCUCGCGCUCCCUCCGCGAGCAUCAGCACGGGGGCAAGCUGGGAGCUUUUUUUUUCCCGCGAAAGCAAAAACAAAUUCAAACAUUUGUGAUAGUUCCUGUAAAUGGCGGGGGUCUUCGGUGGGAAAUACAACUAUACAGAGAUUUAUACAUCCGAAGAGCUGGUUUGCUGAUAUUAAACGGACUGACCGUUUUACGCCCAACUUGUGACAUCUGAAAAUCCAGAGUGCCUACUUUUUAUUAUAAAUUUCCGUUCAUCUUUCAGACUCUUUUAGCGGAUGAUGUCAGGAUUACGAUUAAACCUGCAGGCCAUUAAGGAGCCGGUGGGAUUCAUCAAAGCCCUGGAGUGGCUGACUGCAAUUUUCGCAUUUGCAAGCUGUGGCGGAUAUAGUGGUACAAGCACGGUAACCAUUUUUUGCAAAGAUGGCAGGAAUGAAACGCUGAAAUUCGCCUUCAGUUACCCCUUCAGGUUGAGCCACACGCUGCUUGUGAAGAACAACACGUCACUUUGCAACGUCACCGUACCCGAAACUCACCUGGUGGGAAACUCUGCGUCUUCAUCCCAGUUCUUCGUGACCGUCGCUGUCCUCACCUUUUUUUACUGCAUGGCGGCGCUGGUGCUGUACCUGGGGUACAUGCACAUCUACAGGAACUCCAACUUCGUGCCCAAGAUGGAUUUCAUGAUGACCGUGGUUUUUGCAGUCUUCUGGCUAACGUGCUCUUCGGCGUGGGCCAAGGGGCUGCAGAACCUUAAGUACGCCACGGGCACCAUCGGCAUCGUGGCCACGCUGGCUGUGUGUCGGGAGGAAGGCGUGGCCUGUGAAGUUACGGAGCUCGCCAGCAUGCGCAGCCUCAAUGUGUCUGUGAUCUUCGGCUUCCUUGGCCUGAUCUUAUGGGUCUGUAAUGCAUGGUUCGUCUACAAGGAGACCCGCUGGCACACCAUGAGGUACUCCGCCCAUCCAGGGCAAGCCCCCAGGUCCAUCUAACCGCUGCCCCAGAGCCUGGUCCAUGGCCUCCUGAAUGUGGGAGGUCCUGGCCUUGUGUUGCUGGAUUGCUGGUUGUUCCUCCUGGGAGCUUCUCUGAACAAAGAGGCCUAUCGUUCUACUUGCCGUUCUGUGACGGCUAACCAACGCAAUAUGUUCUUUUGUAUUGCUGUUUCUCUCUCAUAUUCAACAUUGUUUUUACUCAGUUCCCUGUUAUUCCUCUUAUUCCAUUUGGUAAAUCAGGUGUAAUGUUUGUUUGGUAGCUCUAUAAACACUGUUAUGUUUUUAAGAUUGAGCCCCUCUCUGUAACUGCAGGAGUAUGUUCUGACCUGAAGCAAGAGAAAAGUAACUGAAUUAAUUUGUUAUAGAUUAGAAGUUAAUCUGUUUAGUGAAUGAAACACGGAGGCUGCAACACUGUUUCUGUUUUUGGUCUUGAGUAGUAUGAAUCCUUGUGGCUUCUGUGUAUGUUAAGGCUUAAUAUGUUACACAUUUUGACAUUGUUCCCCGAAAACCAGCGUUCCUGAGUUCCUAUUGAUUAAAGUCCUUUGAAUUGUA